UACACAAAAUUUCUUUUGGCGAUUUUCAUAAUGACAGAUUUUGUUGAGCAAAGAAUUUGCAUUAAAUUUUGUGUGCGGAACGAAAUUUCGGCCAUAAAAACGUGUGAAAUGUUAGAAAAGGCCUUCAGUGAUCAAUCCAUGGCUAGACCAACUAUUUAUGAGUGGCAUAAGAAGUUCAAAAAGGACAGAGAACGUGUAGAAGAUGAAAUGCGAUCCGGACGACCAACAACGUCAACUAAUCAACAACACGUCAAGGAAAUAAAAGAUCUUGUGCUAAAAAACCGUCGAUUGGCAAUUAGAGACCUUGUUGAUAUUGCUGGCAUUUCAUUUGGGCCAAUCCAAACCAUUUUAAAAGAUCAUUUGGGUCUCAGACGUUGUGCAUCUCGAUUAGUGCCAAAAACAUUGAAUUUCAUCGAAAAAGAGCCUCGUGUUAAUGUGUGUCAAGAAAUGCUUUCUGACUAUCAAUCGUGCAUAAAACGGAUCAUUACGAGAGAUGAGACUUAGAUCUAUGCAUACGACCCAGAAACAGCCGAUCAGUCCGCCGAAUAUCGUUUGAAAGGUGAAACCAAACCAAAAAAAUCUCGUCAAAG